AUGGCGACCGGAGCCCCGUCCUCGCCUGAGCUGCCUCCCGCCAAACGCAUGCGCUCACGCUCACCAGAACAGGCUUCAGCAUGUACUAGCAAUGAUUUCGCUCAAGCAGCAUCGACAUCCACCGCUGCUGCGCCAUCCAUGUCGGCUCAAGACAAGCAGGCGCGCAAAGCCGACGCGCGCCGAUUGCGCCAGAAACGCAAAGACUAUGCCAAACAGCUUACAAAGACUGGUCGUGAACCGAUCGAGUUCGACAUCGAAGAGCUGCUCGGCAUCCGCAAGGUGACUGACAUCCUCUCUGAGCGCCUCGAACAUCAACUCAAGUUCGAACGUGGCACUCGCCUCACCUUGCACAUCGAGCGCCUGGAUGCGCACGGCGAUGGACUUGCUGUGGCUCCGGAACAAGACUGGGUCAUUGCUGUCCCACAUACGCUACCAGGAGAGAAGGUCACCGCCGAAAUCGUCGGAAACGAGAGGCUCUACUCGAAAGCCAAACUGGUCCAAGUGCUCGAAAAGAGCGCCACCAGAAACGACGAGCUAGUGCGCUGCAAGUACUUUGGUGACUGUGGCGGAUGCCAGUACCAGAUGAUCGACUAUGCACACCAGCUUGAGAUCAAGCGUGGCGUCGUGGAGAAGGCGUUUGCUAGAUUCUCAGGUCUCGAUCCAUCAUUGAUACCUAGAGUACUGCCCACAAUUGCCUCGCCAAACCAGUACAACUACCGCACCAAGCUGACACCACACUUUGAACUCCCUUACGAGCUGCGAAGAGGCCGGAGAAGUGGUGUUCGCAACAACGCCAGUGCUGACGGCAAUGGCGUGGAAGCCGAUCAUGAAAAGCCUAAAUACUCGGUACCCAUCGGCUUUGACUGCAUCGGCACAAAAAAGGUCAUGGAUAUCGAGGAGUGCCCCAUUGCUACCAAGACGAUCAACAAAGCGCUGCCCGAUGCAAAGCAGAAAGUAUGCAAUACGAUCGAGUCCUUCAAAAACGGCGCGACCAUCUUACUUCGCGACUCGUUGCGAACUUACGGCAGCUUUGCUGAGGACCUCCUCGUCACUGAGGAGCGUGCUACCGAUGGGCAAGUGCACAAGGAACUCGACACUGAAGUCGUCACCGACCACAAAGCCACAGUCAAGGAACGUGUGCUGACUACCAAAUUCGAGUCGCCCGCAGGCACCUUUUUCCAGAACAAUCGAAGCAUCCUGCCUAGCUUGCUCGACUAUGUGCGCGAGGCGAUCACCUCUGCCUCGUCCACAACCGGCGAGGAUUCGGCGCAAGCGCGAUACCUGGUGGAUGCCUACUGCGGCUCGGGCCUGUUCAGUCUAUGCCUUGCGUCUCUCUUCCGUGAAGUGUCGGGCGUCGAAAUCUCAUCCGAGUCCAUCAAGUACGCUACCAAAAACGCAGAGCUCAAUGGGAUCACCAAUACCAAGUUUCUUGCAGGCAACGCCGAGGACAUCUUUGGCAAGAUCGAGUACCCUGCUGACAAGACCACCGUGAUCAUCGACCCUCCCAGGAGAGGCUGCGAUCAAGAGUUCAUUCGACAGCUCGUCAAUCUGGCUCCCAAACAUAUCGUAUAUGUUUCGUGCAACGUACAUACUCAGGCGAGGGAUGUGGGACAGUUGAUAAGCAAGGAUCCGAGAUACAAGAUCAAGAGUGUUCGUGGCGCCGAUUUGUUCCCCCAGACACAUCAUGUGGAAGGCGUAGCUGUCUUGGAACGUCGCGAUGCCUAA